AAUAUAGAAAUCAGUGGCCUGCCUAUACAGCACCUAGUAAGCUACUUGUACUACCUAGUAGCAAUGUUCACUCGAAAUUAUUGGGGAUGGAUUCUUCAACACUUUUGAUGGAAAUCACACGUUACAAAGUAAAAGAGUAAUAACAUUGGAAUGUUACUUAAUUGCUGGGCUGAUUUUCAUAAACCGAGUAAAAGAUUGGAAUAAUAAGAUGGCCACAAAUCAGUGUUCAACCAUCGAACCUAUGCUUAUUGAUCACAUAAAAGUGAUAUCUGAUGACACAGGUCUGAUAGUUAUGAUGUCCAUCACAUCCAUAAUUACAGUCAUCCUUCUUGUUGGAUUCAUUGAAUCUAUUACCUUCGUAGCAACCAAGAUACCUCAUAGAGAUCGUUCUAUCAGUCUAAUAUGGAUGCUCGCUAUCUAUCCGAUAUUUGCAGUGACGUCACAGAUGGGUCUUUUCAUCCCAAGGGCCGUGUUGAUGUGUAAUCUUACUGCAUCCAUCUUCUUUUCGGUCAGCCUCUACCAUUUUGUACAGUUGAUCAUCUACUAUUAUGGCGGCCAUGAUGCUACUGUGACCAAGAUAAGUGAGAUGCAAAUACUAGGCACACUCCAACUUACCGAGGAGAGCUUUUAUCGACUUAAAAUUUGCAUAUAUCAAAUGGCUUUACUUCGCCCUGUCGUCCUGUUCAUCGAGGACAUCCUAUGGUUGAAUGAAUCUUACGACACAAGUUCGAUCACCAUCAACGACGCAUACGUCUAUCUUAACCUGUUCACUCUUUUAUCAUCUCUGGUCGCCAUCAUCGCCCUGAUCAUUCUCUUCCUCGCAUCACGAGAACAUCUCAGGGCUUUCUUUAUCACCAUUAAAUUCGUGAUCGUCGGACUCGCUAUGUAUUUCAGUAAUAUUCAGAUUCUUCUCUUUGAUGUGCUUACAUUUACUGACGUCAUCAAGUGUUCCAAGCCAUUUGAUUGGGAAACAAGAGGCAGUAGUUGGCAAUGUCUCUUUCUGAUCGUCGAAUCCGCGCUUCUAUUCCCAAUCGCUUUGAAAUACUUCCGUACCAGGAAUGGUAACAUGGUAGGUGUACUAGAGAUCCCUCGAUUCAAGUUCACCAAAGCCCCUACUGAUAACUUCAAUCCGACAUUCAACUACGAAGGCUUUUACGGAGGAACCCCUCCAGCUAACCCACAGGUUGAGAGGUUAAGAACAGGAACCAAUGAUAGUUUACCCCUAACUAAAUCUAGAAGCUCAUCCUCUAUCGGAUUUAAUUCUUACAUAACAAUGUGAAUUAAUUUAUCAUUGCAAUUAAACAUUUAUUACAUUGGUUGCAGUGGCGUACAGAUGGGGCCUUGGGGGCUCUUGCCCCCCCCCCCAAUUUUCAUGACCAAGGAUAAAAAAAAAGAAAAGG